GAAAAUGCCUUAGUUACUUCACGCGCGCACUGUUGACUGGUCGCUUUCGCUCGUUUCUAGCGAAAAUAAUAACAAACCGCUGCCGGCGUUCUCAACUGGCGGUCGCGCUGUACUUGGGAAGUGUGUUGCUUCAAGUCGUGGCCAUCCAUCUGCUGAUUGAUUCAGAAUAUCGAGCGGGUGUUGGCGGACUGGUGGCUCGCUCUGUCGGCGAGAAGUGUACAACGAGCGGGCGGGACGCGCGGGGCAGGGCAUCCUCCCCCUACUUCAGUUUCGACAGUGCCGCUGCGAGGAGAGGACGUGUCGCUGCGCGCCGCCACAAGGAUCGUUCGCGCGGCAACUUUGAACAGUGACAGUGUGAAGAAGUGUGUUGUGACAGAGAAUGUGUAUCGGAUUGCAGUGCACUACCAAACGGAUGCAGUGAUUUGGAUCGCAAUACUUGGAUUGCAGUGCUUUUGGAUUUGAAUUCCGCUUUUCAAAUUAUCUACCAAACUGGGGAUGCACAAGAUGGAGCUGGGAGACAGCGUGUACGCCGCUGAGCGUAUCAUAAGGAAGAGAAUUAGAAAGAACAAGGUCGAGUACUACGUGAAAUGGAAAGGGUGGAAACCGAAGCACAACACUUGGGAGCCGGAGGAGAAUAUCCUGGACCCACGGCUCAUACAGAGCUUCGAGCGCGGCGAGGAGCAUCGCCGCCAGGGCAGGCGGCGCGAGCGCGAGCACUCGCCCGCCGAGCGCGCGCGCAGCGGCUCCGAGGAGUGCCACCCGCCGCCCGGCAAGCGCAAGGCCGAGGUACUGUCGCGAGAGUCGGGCAAGAUCGGCGUCACCAUCACCAUGAGUCCGCCGGCCGCCAAGCGGCACGACUCUACGAAGCUGAACGGCAGCCGCACUUCCCACACCACGCAUACCACGCACAGCACGCACACCGCGCACACCGCGCACACUGUGCAGCCUCCCCCGCCCGCCGCGCCACCUGGUGGAGCUGCAGCGCCCGCCUCACCUGCUGCUGAAGCUGCCGCACCUAGAACAGGCCCCAGACGAGCACCACAUUCCCCAGAAGAAGCGGAUGCUCACACUCCCCCGGAACGCGAAAGGCGCACGGAAACCCAACCGACUGCGACUGCUCCGGCGGAACCUAAAGGUGCACAACCGCCUCCACCAGCCGAGCCGCAGCCCGAGGAAGAGGAGGACUCGUGGGGCGACGCACCUGUCGCGGUGCCGGCGCCGCCGCCAGCGCCCGUAGCGCCCCGACGAGGCGCCGCCUACUGGAUGGCGCGCUCCCCUGUUGCCGAUCAGAUCUUUAUCACCGACGUCACCGUCAACCUACAAACAGUCACGAUACGCGAGUGCCGCACUGAAAAGGGUUUCUUUAGGUCUCGCGAGCAACGGCCGCUCGAUGUCACGUAAACGUUGCAUUGUGGACCUUGUGGACUUGUAGAUACAGUUGUAGGUAGCUAGUAUUUAUUUAGUUACGACGGAUGUUGAGUCAAGUGAACGAGUGAAGUGAAGUGCACAGUCCCGGUAGGCCUAAUGUAAACUACACUAAUGUAGUGCUGACUUUUGUGAUGCUGGAUGUCCCGGAUUUUGUGAACGGAUUGAAUGUCUGCGAAGAAGCUACAGGAAUAAUGUUGGCAACAGUUGACGGUGUCCCUGUGACUUUUGAAACAGACGAACAUAGAUGAAAUAACGAACCACCAGAUUUUACAAUAAAUAGACAAAAUUGUUGUCAAUUGUUGAAAAUAGAGACUUCUAUAUUUUAUAAUAAUGUUGAAUUUAUUGAUGACUGGGUGUAUACCUCUUUGAAUCUAGAUGUUAACUUGAAUCUAGGUAUAAUUUAAAACCGCUAGUUCUGUAUACCUUCCAUUAUUCAUUAAGAUUGCCUGAUUACUAAGUUUUGGCAAACUUAGCUCUGUACCUUCCUACAUCAGUAGUUACUUGGUUGUUUGUAUUUAUUAUUUUAACUGAAUCUCGGUGAGAACAUCAUGUAAAGUAUGGUCUAUGUACGCGACACAAAACCAUACUAAACAUUUAUAUUAAUUUAUCCCUGUCUUUGUAAAAUAUUCCCUUUUUGUUUUAUUUUUAUUGUUGUUGUUAUUUAUGUGAACUUAAUUUAAUGUUGAAUAAUUUUCCAUACAUGAUUUUAUGUCGUCAAAUAAACCCUUAGAUAUUUUAACGAUUUUCUAACAAAUACUUAAAAGCAAUAACUAUUGAAUUUAAUGAAAAUUUUCUGACUACAUACAUAUUACUUGCAACAUUGAUUUAUUAAUUUUAACCCUGGUAACUUUGGUACGAAGCAGUCAGUGUUGCAAUUAAACAGAAUAUAUUUUUCUAAAUGUUUGUAAAUAAAUAAUGUACAGUGAGCAAAGUUAUUUGGCAUGCAGGCAACAAAAUAAUAAUGGAUUACAGUUACAAAAGAUUUGGCUUCAUACAAUUUAACGUAUGCUGUUGUAUUUAUACUAAUUCAAUCUUUAUUUUCUUGUCUCCUUACCAAAUAACUUGGCUCACUCUACCUUCAUUUGUUAACGUGUAUUAGAACGAACUUUGAAAACUUACUGCCUUACUCAGAGACAUUAAAUGAUCACUGAAACUAUACUUAGUAACGAUUUUGUUAUGAAAACAAUUGUUAUGAACUUGUUUAAGUAACCAUAAAAUGACUCUGAGUAGGGUGGUCACAUGUUUUUCCAUACAUUUGUUUAUAGUUCUGUGCUAUUAAGUUAUUUUAUUAAUAUAAGACCACACGAUUCCGUAUGAGGAGUUCCUUUUAUUGUUAUUUUGGUUCCUUUAAUAAUUAAAUAAUUAUUAUUAUUGUCGUGAAAGGACGGAUGUAGUCUCCUAUUUGAGUUAAUGUAUAUUUUAAUUAAUGCAUUUUGUAUGUGGAAGUGGUAUUUGUAAAUAUUGUAAAUAUAAUUUUAGAAAACUUGUUUUUAUAAUGUGAUAGUCUUUCACAUAAAUAGCCUGUAAAUAAAUGAGAAUGAAUUAGA